CCUCCCAGACCGGGUGGUGUUGGGGGGGACCACUUCCAAACAGAGAGAGAGAGAGAGAGAGACUCGCCAUUCACUAAGUCAACCGUUCGGUCGCAACCAGAGUUUCUUCAACAUGGAUAAUCAUUCCUACAACUUUCCAUCCGACUGCACCCCACUCACAAACUGCAAGUCGGCCCGCAAGCCGGCGGGUUCCACCGUGGUGAACAUGGGCAACCCGGGGAAGAACCCUCCCCGAGACUACCUGCUCUGGUCGCUCUGCAACACCUUUUACGUCAACUUCUGCUGCUUGGGCUUCAUGGCACUCAUCUACUCCAUCAAGGCCCGGGACCAGAAGACUCUGGGGAACCUGCAGCUGGCUCAGGAGUGCUCAGACAAGGCCAAAUGGUACAACAUCCUGGCCGCAGGCUGGAACCUGCUGAUCCCUCUGCUGGCCAUCGUCCUGAUCGUCCUCCUGCUUGUCCACCUCGGCUCCUCUCAAGGCUCCUUCGAUUUUCUGGGAGAGGACGGUUUCCAAAACUUCCUCAAGCUGUUCAGCUGGUAGAUGAAGGAGGAAAGAAAUAAAAUCUCCGAUUGGAUUCAGAAGACGAUGACAGACGUUAGAAUUAGUCAAAAUGUUUGUUUUCAACUUGUCCUAUGCAGAUGUGUUAAAACUUCUGCUCACAAUCUGGAUUAACUGUAACACUGAUAACUUAUUUUAGCAGUAUUAGCGUCUCUCUGCCAAAAAUUAGAUGAAUACGAAAACGUCAAGGCGGAUUUAAGCAGUAUUUUUGAAACAGUGCCAUGAAUGUGACUUACAUCUGAGCUGUUGCUAGUACGAAAUGCUGAUGCAUGCUGAUGUUUUAUGUGGUGAGCCAAAGCUGACAUGGCCCGAAAGACAAAAUGAAGGAAUGAAAGAAAAACAUUACAGGGAAAGUUUACAUUUUUUGAAGUAAAGUAAUUUAAAAUUAUUAUAAGUAUGUGUAGUAAAAGAUGUGAUAUCACAACGAGCUUGGUGAAGCUAGCUGUUAGCAGUGGGAUGCUAAAAGCUAGUCACAAAGCAGCAUUUUAGCUAGUUUCAGCAGGUUAGCAUCCCGUCCACACGGAACAGUUUGUUUUUUUUUGCUAAAAGAGAAACGUUUUAACAAUUUUUGCUCCAUGUCUACAUGGAGAUGGCGUUUUGGUCACCCUAAAUGUU